AAAUCCUCUCCGGAAAUAGCGGAGUUAUGAAAUCAAAGCCUGCUCGGGGUGAGAAGAGGUAGCGCCAGGAACGGUGCCGGAGGCACUCGGCCCUCACACACGCACACACACAGCAAAGAAGCACGCGGCACCGUGCACCCGAGCCGGGAGAAGCUAAAAAAAAUCCCGUGCAUUUCACUUUGCCCUCCUCAUACUGCUGGGUUCCCUGGUGUUUCUCCCUCCAAGGGAGCUGGUUAUAUCUGACUUGGGCUCAAUUACGGACCUAACCUGAGCUGGAGCGGGGAUUGUGGAGUGAGUUCACUCGGAAUGGCUUGGAAAGUUCAGUUUGUGUUGUGGGUCGCGCUGCUCCCCGCGACCUCAGCUCUCAGACACGGCCACUCAUCACAGAGAAAAAUAAAUCCCAAAAGCUUUGCAGCCCUUCCGAACCCUGAACCUUCAGAAUUUGUUGAUCUUGAUGGGAAAAUUGAAGGUGAAGGUUCAGGCCAGUACGAUGGAAGUGGAUUCAGAGAUGGAUCUGGAUUUGGAUCGGAUGACAAUAAACCCAUCGUCCCUGAUAUAAACUCUGAGGAACGCUAUGGGGAAGCUGUAGCCAUCUCAAAUACAGCGGAACAAUACCUAACCAGUCGAUGGAUGACUGCAUUUAUUCCUUCUGUUUAUACCAUUAUAUUUGCCGUGGGAUUGCUUCUCAACUGUGUCGCAAUUUUAAUGAUUCACUUCAGAAUGAAAUUUAAAAAGCCGACUAUAAUUUACAUGAUGAAUUUGGCAGCAGCAGAUUUGUUAUUUGUGCUGAUGCUGCCUCUGAAAAUCGCUUACCAUUUUUCUGGUAAUAACUGGGGAUUUGGCUCUUUCCUGUGUCGGUUAGUUACUGGUGGUUUUUAUGCUUAUAUGUACUGUUCAGUGUUGUUGAUGAUGUGCAUAAGUAUUGACCGAUUUCUCGCUGUGGUUUAUCCUAUACGAUCUGCCUCCUGGAGGACCCGGGGCCGUGCCAUUGUACUUUGCCUUGUCGUUUGGCUUGCAGCUAUUGGUGGUGCUGCACCACUUCUCCUUACUGAACAAACGGUGUAUGUUACUGAGCUGAACAUUACAACCUGCCAUGAUGUGCUACCUCUCUCUACACUACAAAACUAUUCCAGCUACUAUUUUCCCACUUUGUGCUUUCUGCUCUUUGUAAUUCCCCUGCUUGUGACCUCUGUCUGCUACAUAUGUAUUAUCUCAACCCUCCAUUCAGCAAAUAUAACAAACAAGUGCAAGAAAACACGUGCUAUCUGUUUGGCUGUGAUUGUGCUUUCUGUCUUCAUUGUUUGCUUUGCACCAACUAACAUUAUUUUACUCAUACAUUAUCUUCAAUUUUAUUAUGCACCAAGUGACUCUCUCUAUUUUGCUUACAUGCUUUGUGUGUGCGUAGGCAGUGUGAGCUGUUGCCUUGACCCUUUGAUUUAUUAUCAUGCCUCAACCCUGUUCCAAAUGCAUUUUCAGAAUCUUCUGUGUCCUAGGGAUGUCACUGAAUCUGGGAGUAGUCAAACAGAGCCUAAGAGCUGUAAAACAGGAAACUCCAGUUUCAAUGAUAGUUGCUACAAAAAAUUGCUAGCCUAAAUUGAUUUCAUUUUUUUGUUAGUUUUUUUUAUAUUUUAUGAAGGCAUGAUAACCUGCAAUUUGGCCUUAUUAUGUGACAACGUCCUCUAACUUUGUAGCUUCAUUGGAUUUUAUUGUUCAAUGUGAAUUUGUUUCACAUUUAUCUGUGACAGAAAGUAUGAUUUUAGACCAGAUUUAAUUAAAAUGUUUCUGUUCUGGUUAUAUUUCACAUUGCAUGGUUUGUUCAUCAAGUAGAUUCAGAACAUAUUUGUGCUGAAAUAACAUUAUAGUUCAGUGUACUUGAUUCAUAAUCACCUUAACUACUAUGCAGACUUGGCCUUGUCACAAGUCAAUCCUGUCAAUAGGAUUGAAAGAAAUAGUUCCUAUUCUUAGUUUGGUGGAUUAUUAUUAAAGGUUUAUGUCGCUGGGCAGCCUUUAUUUUGUUUUUGUUUCUCAUGGGGGAGUAACUAGGUGAAGGGUUUUGGAAGAAGCUCCUCUGAUCAGAAAAACAAUGGCCCAGAUUUUGCUUUGGUAAGGAUGGUGAAACUGUCAGUGUUUGCCAUCAUCACUCCACUGAAACUGACAGCAACUUCGAGAGUUUGGACAUGUGCAGAAUAGUCCAGAAACCUUGAGUUGCUGCCAGUGAGUUUAUAUUUCUCCAUAUAGGGAACGCUAUAGGAGUUUCCCCAGAGACUGCUGUCUCCCUUGCAACCAUAAAUUGAUAAUAAAACCCACUAUAACCUUGUUAGUCUUGCCGUAAAACCACAGAAAAAGUUACAGCUGGUUCACUGAGGUAUAACUAAGUUUUUAACAGCAGGAUGACUUCAUAAUUACUGUUGAACACCCUCAUUGGCCCUGAAAAGCUAAUUUUAUAUUUGUGGAAGACCAAAUUCUCCACAAUGAUUAAAAAUUCUACAUAUUUUUACAAACAUAAAACAUAAAUAUUUUUAAGCUUGUUUUAUCUUUAUUUUAGCUUCUAUCCUAAUAUGGUCACUCAUUUAUUUCACUAUCUUCAAUCUUAAAUUAAAAGUGAUGCAUUUUAAGUGUGAAUACUUCAAAAUUGAUUGGUUGCCUACAUGCUUGCUGACAUCAUUAUUGCUGGAUGCCAGGACAUUUCCUCAUUUGACACCAGAUUUAAACUACUGUGCAGAAGGGAAAUUCAUGCCACAGAAAAUUGUUAGAUUUUUGUGGGCAGCUUUCUUCGAGGUCAGCAGUCAGUAUCUUUACUUCAUUGCUGACCACAAUACCUAGGCCAAUAUUUUUUUAAUCUAAUGUCCCAAAGAGCUACUGUACUAGCAUGGUGUUAAGAUCAAAAUUACUCUCUUCAGUGAUAGGCGAUGGUCUAAUCUCUCGCUUAGAAAAGUAAAAUUGGAAUUCUAUCUUCUAUGACUUGGACUCUUAUUGAAAACUUUCUUUUAAAUUGUAUUACAUGUGCUAACUUUUCAAGAUUAGAAUAAAUUAAAUACAAUGCAUUUAACGUUUUGUUAUUUUAAUUUAGUGGAAGAAGUAACAUUCUCUAGGUGAAACCUUGCCUCAAGAUGAAAUAGUGGAAUAUAAUUCUGUAACUGCUCUAAGAUGUACCCAUUUAUAUUGCUGCAGCUAUCAAAGCCAGUGUAUAAGUGUGAAUGCAGUCAACUAUGCAUUAUGUCUCUCAUUUGCUUCAAAUAUGUAUGAUCAAAUUGAAGCUCGCAGUGACCACAUGUCAGAAAGUAUUUAAUUAGCUGCAAAGCGUUUUGAAACAUCCUGAGGUUGCAACAGGCACUAUAUAAAUGCAGAUGUUCUUCCCUUUGUAAUUGGUCUGCUUCUGUUACAAGAUCUUCAGUUCCUUUUGUUAUUACAUGGGCUGGCCCUAACAGUUAUGUGAAAAUAUGAAUUGUAAUUUUCAACUCUUUAUGAGGAACAUAUUUACAUAAUCAUAUUCAAUAGUGAUUUAAAAGGCCAUAAUUCCAUGAAUAUUCAUUAGGUUUUACAGCUGUUACUAGCAGAGGCUCCUACAACCAAAUACGAGUAUAGUAUUAGUAGUGAUUAAAAAUGAAACAAUGCCAUUAGAAUUGUUUCAAUUAUCUGUUACCUCUACAUUCCAGAUCAGGCUGCCACUCUUUUAAUUUGUUACAAAAAUGGGUUCAAGUCAAGUGCAUCAAUGUGAAAUAACUUUCCGGUUGAAAAGAUUAUGUUAGUGAAUGCUACAAGUGAUAUGAGAACAAGAAUGUUAUUUUAUAUUCCUGUGUAUGUUUGUAUAUAAUGCUAUAAGAUUGUGCUCCAUUUUUCUUAUAUUGCUGUGGAAAGAUAAAGUUUCAUUUCAUGGGUAUUUUAUGUUGGUUGCUUUACAGUUAGCUUAUAAAGUAUGUAAUCGUACUAUGUUUAAACAUAUUUUGUCUAAAAUUGCAUGAAAAUGGAUAAAACUAAUACUUAUGUUUUAAAAUAAAAAUUUAUAAACUCA